AUGGCGGCGAAAAGUGAGUAUCUCACAUAAAAAUAAGUAAAAAAAUAAAAAUAUUUUGUACCUUUAUUCACAAGAAACAAAAUAAGAGCCUUUUUAUAUUUUUGUUAACUCUGGUGUAGGUCAGGAGGGGUCAAAGAAAAAUAUAUUCAAAUUUCAAGACCUUAAAACCUUGCCCGACGAAAUCAAAGAUUAUUCGCCUUCCUUGCAAAAUGAACAUACUCCAAUACUUAUUGAUAAUGGUGAGUCAUGGAUUAUUAGAGGACGCUUAUAGUUCUACAAAUGCAAGAUUGUUGGUGACACACAGUGGUUGGUGCUUGUGUGAUAUGGCUUUCACAUCUACAUCUCAUACUGUGAUAUUUGGGGCUCAAUUUCUGCAAAUGGCAAUAUUGAUAUGCAAAGUGACUAAUAAUAUGCCCGGCAGUUAUCUAUUUAUAGAGCUGAGAUUCAUAUCUUUAAUAUCAAGAAGUGUUUUUGCAAAUGCUUUCAUUGAGUCCACCAGCGGCAUGGUGGAAACAGCAUGUGCUUGGGCAUUCUGCGUCGUCAGUUCAAAUCCCAGCAAGAACAUUUUCGUUCUUUUUUGUAUUUUUUCCUAAUUUUUUUCUUAUCAAAUUAUUUUACUAAAUGUUUCUAUGGGUUAACCUGCAUACCACUGCUCAACACUUUUCCCUUGGCGAGUAAUAAAAUACUACAAAAUACUACAUGGGGAGCACUUAGGUGCAUUGCAGCUUGACGAGUUAAUGUUAAUUUUCAAAAUAAUGAUUCACUGUUAUUUCAGGCAGUUUUCAAUGCCGAGCAGGCUGGAUGAGCGACGAGAGACCCUCGUUAGUACUCAGAAAUGCAAUUGCAAAAUCACGAGGCAAGAAAGAUGGCGAGAUGGAAAUUCUUAUCGGGAAUGAUAUUUCAAAUAUCGAGCUUGUUAGGUGGUCGUUAAAAAGUCAGUUUGAUCGGGAUGUCGUCACUCAUUAUGAUGCUCAAGUAUGUUUAUUAACAACUAUAAUUUGGGCUUGUGAUUUAUGUAGUAGAGUCAUCAUUCAUAAAAGUGGGGUCAGAUAGGGUCUGGGAACUCAGACUCUAUCCUAUUAUUCUGUUCAUAUUUAUGUGAACUUGCAGGGUGAAGUCAAGAAUUUUUGGUAUGUUGACCAUCAAGUGGCAUCAUCUACUUAGAGUGCAGAAUGGGUGUGCAAUAAGUCACCACUGAAACUUGUUUAAAUCUUCCUAAACACACAGCUCCGUGCACUCCCAGAAAUCUGUCUACUGUAUAUAUGAAUAAAGUUACUUUCCUAAUAAUUCUGUUCAAUGAUUUUGCACAUUCUUUUAGGAACAAAUUUUUGACCAUAUUUUCAGCAGACUUGGAAUCAACACCCAGGGAAGUGUUGAGCAUCCAGUGGUUCUGACAGAGUGUGUUUGUAACCCAAACUAUUCACGGCAAUGUAAGCUUAUGUAUACACAUUAGUUUCUUAUCAUGUACAAACUGCAGACCUGUCAAUUCUUGGGAAUGGCUAAGUGGAGAGUUAUAAAAUGGGGAGUUAAGUUGGAGAAUUACGAUUUUUGGAGAGUUAAGUUCGAGGCACACCUGUGUUUUCCAAAGACCACACCCAAUUUGUUAACUCUCCUGAUGUAACCUUUCGAGGAGUUGAAGAGAUUGCAAAAAUGAUUAUAAAGGAAAAAUGAUUAUAACUUCUUACUGUACUGUAUUUUAACUGCAUUAUGACUUUAGUUUUGCUCUGCUGGUUUUUGACAAAAUCUCAUAGCCUUUGAGGGCUAAAAAGCAUUAUCUCCCUGUUUUAAAGUUUUAAUCUUGACAGGUCUGAAGCUGUCUAACUAGUCUAAGACUAACCACACAAUUUCUUUCCCCAGCAAUGAAUGAACUUCUGUUUGAAUGUUAUCACGUUCCUCAAGUCGUGUUUGGAAUAGACAGUUUAUAUAGUUUAUACUACAAUCAACCCAUGCAAGGUAAACUAUCUAAAACACUAGCCAAACUGUCUUUCCAUUUACUUGGUCAUUAUGCAUAGCCAACAUGUAAGCUAACAAUAUUUUUUAGAGAACAACACUGCUUUGGUAAUAUCCUCUGGCUAUCAAGUCUCCCAUAUUUUACCAGUUGUCAACGGAAAACUUGACGCAAGGAGUUGCAAAAGGUUCGUUUAGUUGCAAGAUUUUUCACAGAAAUUUUAAAACAGUACAUUAGAUGCGAAUGCUAAAAUGUCACUCGUAUAAUGCGUACCAGUUUACUCUUUAUGAUGUCAUCUACAUGAGUAGAACUAAAGGUCAAAUGAUAUGUUGGAAGUCAUGCAUGGUUACUAACACAAUAAAGUUUUGAUGAGUGGUCCAACUAUGUUUUAACUUAAUAAAAUACAUGAUAGUGUUGGGAAAGCCCAACUUUCAUCCUCGUUUGAUCCGGGCUUAACAGCCAAAAUAUUCUUAUCUGACUUUAUAUAUACUGGAUAGCUUUAUCAGUUCUAAACUGUUCUCCCAAGAGGUCCAGUAAGGGCCAUCUUUAUUUUGACCCAGUGUUACUACCGGAGGAAACCUAAACUAUAACAAUAUUUAUACUGGAUUGUUCAAUCAGUUCUAAACUGUUCUCCCUCUCAAAUUUUAUCACAGAAUAAACAUAGGCGGUAGUCACUGUGUGGGAUACAUGCAAAGAUUGUUACAAUUGAAGUAUCCAAGUCACACAGCACAGAUUACGUUAUCAAGAGCGCAGGUUUGUUUGUCAAAUAAUUUCAAUAUCUGUUUGAAUGCUGAUAACCCUAGGUUGACCUAAAAUUCAAAGUAAACUUCCCAACAGCUUUGUUUAUAAAUAUGGAAAAUUUUCUUUAGAAAUCUUGUCUGGAUCUGAAGUUUUGAAAUAAACAGACGUGCAGAAAUACAUAAACUAGAACAGCAGGUUAAAUUUUAACCAAGGGUUAGGGCUAAUCUAGCUUUGAACAAUCAGCCCCUGACGGACUAGAGGCAGCAGUCUGAAUUGAGCCUUUCAGACAAAAGUUGCGAGGAUUUGUUUUCAAUGUUUUGCAGGAAAUAGUUCACGACCAUACGUACUUGGCAACGGAUUAUCAUGAAGAAUUAUGUCGUUGGUUAAACGAAGAUUAUUCCAACAAAGAGCAGUGUGUUAUGCAGCUACCUUUUACACAGCCUGCUGGCGGACAAAAUACUGCCGUCAAAGAUGAAGAGAAGGAGAGACUAAGAAGGGAAAAACAAGGACGAAGACUACAGGAAAUCAAUUGCAAGAAAUUACAAGAGAAAGUAAGGAUAAAGCAAAGAAGUGUACAAUACAAUACAUUCGGUACACGACACAGCACAGUACCGUACAACACAUUACAAUAGAGUGCAAUUCAACAAAAUACGCGCAAUACAGAACAACACAGUACAUUACAGCAGGGCUGCAAAUUACUGUCGGACAUCGGACAAUGUCCGACUAAAUUUGGCAAAUGUCCGAGCAAAAAAAUUGUCACAUUAUACAUUUUUUUGCCGUGACAAAAUCCGAUUGCAAAUUCACUCAAUUUGCAUUUUGCAAUAGAAUUUACGAGGCAUUCUAGCAUUUUACUUAACGUUGCGCCGGAAUGGCUAUACGUACUUGUCUCGUGACUUAUAAAUAUCUUGUGACGUAUAUAUGUCCGACCAAAUUUAGUGGUGUACGUUGGUUUUUGUCCGACCAAAUUCAAGUUAUGUCCGACCAAAAUUAAAAGUGACCGGACAAAUGUCCUGUCAAGUCAAAUAUUUAUUUGCAGCCCUGUUACAGUACAGUACAAAACCACAGUAGCGCAGUUCAACUACUGUACAACACAGUACAGACUACAGUUCACUACAAUUCAAUCCUUUAGUUAUCAGAGGAAGAAGCUCGACUUAAGAAAUUGCUAAAGAUCCGAAAACUGGAAAAUAACGAAAAUAAAUUUAAGGUAGGCUAAUUCUACUGCGAAAGGUUUUAACUUGCCAUGUCUAUAUAGUUAUAAAGAACUGUCUCUAUUAUGUGACUAUAUCACUAUAAUUGUUUUAGGCUGCAAUGACAAAAGAAGGGUUUCAAACCGCAGAGGUAAGAAUAUGGAAUAAAAUAUUGAGUAACCUACUGUAUAAGCUAAUGGUUUUUAUUCACAGUCUAUAUUAUAAUUAUAUCUUAGGAAUUUCAACUCGCAAUUGAGAAUUUGUCGAUGAUAACCAAAAAAAGAAGUGAGAAAGUGAAGAAACUACAAGCAUCAAUUCAAGCUGCG